CUUUCCUGCAUCCGGGCCUGGGCGGGCUGGUUCUCAAGUCUUAGCGAGGGGCAUGGAGGUCCGCGGUGAGCCCCAGUCUGGCGCGAGCUGUUCGUCGUCCGCCCGAGACUGCUCAGCGGUCCCGGUGUCCAAGGAGCUGCUGACAGCCGGGAGCGGCGGCCGCGGAGGUAUAUGGGACAGGUUACUCAUCAGCCCCAAGCCUAACUGCAGAAAAAAGUCCACUCUUCAGACAGUUCGGAUAGAAAGGAGUCCCUUGUUGGACCAAGUACAGACCUUUCUACCACAGAUGGCUCAGGCGAAUGAAAAGCUAAGAGAAGAAAUGGCAGCUGCACCACCUGGUCGUUUCAAUAUUGAAGACAUUGAUGGGGCUCUUGGAAAAGUUAUACAAAUGGACGUGGCCUUGUUUGAGAUGAACCAAGAUGAUUCAAAAGAAGAGGACAGUUCAGAAGAGAGUUCGCAAGACAGCUCGGAGGACAGCUCAGAAUCUGAUGGGGAAGAUGACGGCACUUCUGAAGUCACCAUAGAUAACAUUAAGCUUCCUCAUUCAGAAGGUGGAAAAGGCAAGAUCGAGGUUUUGGACAGUCCUGCCAGUAAAAAAAAGAAAUAGUAAAAUAAAUGAACAGGUGAUACACGCCUGCUAAUUCUACAGAAA